UACUAGAGUUACGUAACCUCUAAUAAGCGCGCAAACUUAAGUGAAGCAUUUUGAGAAAAAUAGUUUCAAGUAAUAGUAAAAACAAAAUGUUGAAAAUGUUGAAUUAUUACAAGAUUUAUAAAUGAAAAUUAUGAAUUACUUUGAUAAAACAGAAAAGUAAGAAGCAGUAUGAACUUUACAAAUAAACAUAAUCGUAAAAUGCAAACAUUCAACACGAAUAAAAUAAAGAAAUUUAAUAAUGUAGAUUCGUCAGAUGUAUCAGAAUUUACAUCAAAAUCAAUGGAUGUUAUUGUAGAUAUUCAUCGAGAAUAUAAAGAUGAGAAACAGGUUGAAGAUAUUCAACACAACAGAAAAUCAGAUAAAAUAUCUACAGACAUAUCUUCAAAUAAUCCCCAAUUAUUUUUUAAAACAAAUAAAAAGAAUAAAAAAUCAAAUAUCAAUUUGGUUACACAUCAAAACUUUGAAGAACAUAAUGAUAUAAAUGUAGUUGAUUCGUUAGAUUUAAUUGAAGAAUUUCAGGAACCUUUAGUUAAUAAAAAAGAUGAACAAAAUGUUGAAUUGAUUAAAGAAAAUAUUAAUCAAUCAUUGAUUGAAGAAAAAUCAGUUCAUAACAAGCAAUGGGCUACAAUAAAAAAUACUGUAGAAGAACUAAAGAAACCGCCUAGGAAACGUUGGUCAAAAGAUAACAGUGUGAUUCGAUUACCAGAAGCAAAAAAUGUUUCUUGGAAUAAAACCAAAAGAUCAUUACCAGCAAUAAAACAGUCAUCAGUGAUUCAAAAAUCAAUAACUGCAUAUGAUAAUAAAGCAUUUCUUUCAGAGAAUGAAGAAAUUCUUAGAAUUGAAACAGAUCAUAAUGAAGAGGAUACAAAAAUUGAAAUUAAAGAAAUUGCUGAUCAAUUAGAAAAUGAUGAUCUUUCUAUGGUUGGUAAUAGAAGCUCUCAAGAUUCCAGUAGUAGGAAGAUUUCAAAUGAACCAGCAAUUAUAUUGGAUGACUUAAAUAGAUCUAUAAAGAAUGUAGUAGUAGGUAACAAACACUCUACUAAUUUUAACAAAACAAAUAAGAAAAAACAUUCCAAUACAAACAAUAAAACCAACAUUUCAGAUAAUUCAGAUAGUUCACAAAGCUUAGAAGAAAAUUAUUCAUUUGAAGAAAUGUCCAUGAAGGAUAAGCAAUUAUGGAAUAAAGGGAAAAGUGAAAGGAAUCCUAGACAGCACUCAGUAUCUGCAUCUAAAGACGAUGAUGCAGAACAUUUAAGAAAUUCUAGUGAGUGUACAAUAUCUACCACUGAAGAUGAUGAAGAUCAAUUGACAGAAGUUCGUUAUGAAAGUAAAUUAAGAUCUAAUUCAAGAAGAAAAAAACUGAAGUAUGCAAAACAUCAUUCUAGGUCACAAAAUAAAAAGAACAAGGAGGAAAUUGUUGAUAAAGAUGUUUCUAGUUCUACUAUGCAUACUCCAUCUGUUCAUAUAGAGGAAGACACAAAGAAAAAGAAAAGGAAGAAAAAAAUUGAUGCAAAGUAUAUUUCUAUAACAAUCCACAGAGCAGAUAUGUUAGUCAUUGAUUAUGUAACAAAACAUCCUAUGGUGAAGGUUCACAUUGUAAAUGCUGCAAAUGGAAAAUACUUAAAAUGCGAACAUGGCAGUGCUACAUAUUUACAACCAAUGAUAACAGGAAAAUUUGAUUUUAAAGAAAACAAAUCUAUAAUACCUGUGUGGGAAGAGGAGCUAGUCUUUGAACACGAUUUUAAAGCACUUCUGGAAACAGAUAGUGAACAAGUAGUAAUCCUUUUUGAAAUUGUUGAUCUUUUGAGCUUCACUGAAGCAAGUUUCAAUUAUGAUAAAUUUGGUCAUGAAGGUUGCUGGUACAAAGUUGCAUGGGGUUUUUUAAAACCUGUAGGAAGAAAUAAUGUUUUGCAUAUUGAGAAGAAAAUUCGCUUACAGCUAUACAAACCACAAAAAAGUUUGAGAAGAUUUGAUGGUGCACAUACUUGUGAAGUGUACACCUGGUGGAAAUCAAACAUUCGAGAAAAAUAUCCUAGCAGCCUAUUCAUUACUGUAAAAUCCAUUAAUCCACCAAAAUUAGAACCUGUUUACUAUCAACAAUUAACUUUGCAUGAUUCAUCAAAAACAUCAAUUGAAACACAGAAAACUUCUAUUCGUGCUUCAGAUUUGAUAAAUUUACCAAAGUGGACAAGAUUAGCUGCACAAUCUUGCAAAAUACCAAAUGAAACUAUUUUUAAGACUGAUACCAGUGAGAAUGGUUGUUUCUAUAUUGCUUUCAGUAAUGAUGGCAAAUAUUUGGCUUGUAGUUUUUCUGAAGAAUAUGAUUACCCUAUCAUUGUCUACGAGGUUGAAACUAAGAAGAUCCACGUUCGGUUUUCAGGACACAAGACUUUCGUUUAUUCUCUUCACUGGUCUAAUGAUGAUAAUUACUUACUUUCUGUAUCAUCGGAUCAAACGGCUCGUAUCUGGGAUGUACGGAAUCAAAUCGUACAAUGCGUUGAAAUGAUGCCUCACCCAUUGUACGUAUAUUGUGGAAAAUUUGAUCCUGAAAAUUCGUCUAUUGUCGCAACAGGAUGUUAUGAUCAGAUUGCACGCAUUUGGAUACGAGAUAAAAAGUCGAAAAAGCGUAAUCUUAGUCAAGAAUUAGAAGGUCACGAAGGUUUUGUAAAUUGUAUGUGUUUCCAAAAGAAUAGUAACCUGUUAACAGCAGAUAGUGUUGGAAUAAUAAUAAUAUGGACAGUAAAGAAGAAUCGAAAAGCACCAUUUAAGAAAGAAUGGCACAUCUCAAGAAAAAUAAGGGUCAGAGAUAUCGAUGGAGUAAUAAUUAAUACAAUUGUUUUACACCCUUUAGAGUCUAGGCUUCUCGUUCAUUCCAGGAACAAUGGACUAAGAAUGCUUGACCUUGCAACUGGGGUAGUAUUGCAAAAGUACAAUGAGUUAAAUAAUCAGAGAAUACAAUCAACAGCUUGUAUUUCUCCGUGUGGUAGUCUAAUACUUUGUGGUGGUGAAGACUCUUCGUUAAAAGUAUGGAAUUUAGAAACCGGAAAUUUACUCGCAAAAUAUACGUUCGACCGAAAUUGUCGAGCUGUUACAUGCGUGGACUAUCAUCCGUACGAUCAUGUAUUAGCUUAUUCAACUUUCGGUAAUCCCGCACCAGUCAGAGUUUUACGAUUUAAUAAAGAUGCCACUGGAGAAGACGUAGACUUAAAAAUAUUUGAAGAAACUGAAAAUGCUGUAAAUAGCCACGACAUUCCGUUAAGAUUUUUAAAUUCUUCUGUAAGGUCUAGAGAUAAACUACAAUCGAACGAUACGGAGCAAACACCAGAAAAUGUUUCGAAAGGAAGCUUACAAUCUAGUCGAAGUUAUAAUUCUAGUCAUUAUAAAUCACCUAAUAAUGUUAGUGAUAAUUACAACAAUACAAGAAUGAGACUUCAGCGAUUAAGCGAAGUUGGACAAACAUUGAAAAGUAAAAGUGCUAGUCGCUUAUAUAACAUUAUUGAGAAGAUAGAUAGAAUUUUAUCAAACACGUCAAGAUCACCUGGUGACAUAGAAUCUGGAUGGAAUCUUGCUCUCAUUCCAGAAACAAGCAUGAACACAAUCCUGACUGGUCAAAAUAAAAAUGAAGAAAAAAGCAGAAUAAAAUCAAAAAAAGACAAAUUAGCAUAUUUAAGCAAUGAGAUCCAGGCAAAUUCAUUUGUUGAAUCAAGCACAACAAAUAGUGAUAAACAAGAAGUUGUAGAAUUAAGAACAUUGGAAAAUUGGAGUACGAAAAAGAGAUCAAAAAGUGCAAAAGAAAUAAGAAAUAAAGAUGUACCUAAAGACGAUAUUGCAAAAACUUUAUCUGAUAGUGCAACAAAUCAUCAGAAAACUAAAUUUAACCGUAAAAUUAUGAAAAAUACGCCAGGUGAAAAUAUUGAAUCAAAUUUUGUUACUAAAACCAAAGAACAUAAUUCUAAGUCAAUAAUUUAUCAUAAAAAUGAUGUUAAGGACGAUGAUUCAAGUUCAUCUUGUAGUACUGGUACCUACGUCGUGGACAAAGAAUCAACAAAAGUACUUGAACAUAGAAAUUCAAUUUUAAGCAGUACAGAAAAUGAAUUGAACAUUAUAGAAUAUUCUGAAAGUGAUUGUUCUGUGCCUAGCAAUGCAACUUUUACAAUAGAGAAUGAAAUCCCUAUACCAAAACCUAGAAAGAAGAUAGGUCUAAAAUAAUUUGCUAGAAAUGUGUAGAUAAAAUCAUUGUAUUUAUAAAUGUUACUCAGUGUAUCAGUCUUUACACAAUUCAGUAUAUUAUACUUUGUUGUUACAGAAAUAUGUACUUAAUGAAAUGUAUUGUAUUAUUUAUGUUGUAUAUAUAUAUGACCAAAUUUAUGUAACAUUUUAAUUAAUAUUUUGAUUAAUGAAUUUUAUGCAUCAAUACUAUACAACACUUCUUCAAUCUAGAUUUACUAAAAUGUUUUUUAUAUGAAUUGCUAUAUGUAAAAAUAAAAAG